AUGUCCAAAAUAACCUCCAAAAACCUCUCCUACGACAGCACUCUCCCCCCCUUCCUCCAACGACUUCAAUCCAACCACUCCACCACCUCCGAUGGCCGCCACGAAUUCACCAUCUCCCGUCCCCGCAAACCCAUUGACGAAGAAGCCGAGCGGGAAAGCGAGCCUGUGGUCUUUGACGAGGUGAGCGGAGAGACGUUGAGUAAAGAUGAGUGGGAGAGACGGGAGAAAGAACGGGAAGAAGGAGAGGGAGUGAAGGAAACUGAGGGGGGAGAAGGAGAAGGGGUGGAAAAGAAAGAGAAAGAGAAAGAGAGUGCGAAUGCGAAAAUGGCGGUAGGGAUUGGAGGGAGUAAGAAGAGGAAGGUGGGGAAGGUUAUUGGGGGGUUGGAGGAUGAGGAGGGUGAGGGCGAGGAAGAGAAUGGAGAGGAAGGGGAGAAAGGUGAUAAUAAGUCCUCGAGUAAAAAAGAUACGGGGAAUCAGAAGCAGAGUGGAACUGGUAAAAUUGGAGUCACAGCUGCGUCAAAGACGAAACCUAAAGCUGCGGCAAAGAAGGGUAAAAAGAUUAAGUUGAGCUUCGGGGAUGAUGAAUAG